ACUUUACGGGUGUCAAUCACUAUUUUAUCUUUUGCACCCCUCAACAGACUCACGUACUGCAAUUGUUUACAAUUAAUUUACCUUUACAGACCUGGGUGAACAUCACACUUCAUCGUUUCUUUCACCUUAGCCUUAGUGUGUCCACCAGUUGUCUUGAUACAUAAAGGCUUCCUAGUGUCGCAAGGUGUUAACCUAGUUUUGUGUUUUGUCAUUGAUUUCACUCAGGUAUACGCACUCUGAAAAGAGGUGUAUCAGUCUUGAAAAUGAGUGAUAACACUCCUCUGCGCAUUUUGAAAACCAACUUGGGCAUAAAAUUGAAGAAAAUGAAACCGGAAGAACGGCAACCUCUCAUUGGGGUGGCCUACCCCAUUCCCAUCAGUGAAAAUUUUGAUGAUCGAGCCAUGCCGAGGCCAGAUAUCAGAGAUUCACCAGAAAACUUGAGCGUGAAUAUUGACGGUGGACCAAUGAACGAUCAGUUUGUCAAUGCAACGAAAGAGGAGGAAGUUAAGAAUGAUUUUCAAUCGGCAAGGGAUUUAGCUCAUCCUACUUCGAAUUUGGAUACGCUCAUACAUUUACUGAAAGGUAACAUUGGGACUGGCAUCCUUGCAAUGGCUGAUGCAUUCAGAAAUGCUGGUCUUUACCUUGGGCUAGUGUGUACCCUUUGUCUGGGAGCAAUCUGUACACAUUGCAUGCAUAUGUUGAUUGGAUGUGAAAAAGAGCUAUGUGAACGAACCAGCGUUCCUGCCCUGGACUUUGCGGAAGUUGCAGAGACAGCUUUUGCGACAGGUCCUGAAAGGUUACGGAAAUUUUCAACUGUGUUUAGAAUGCUUGUAAAUACAUUUUUAAUCAUAACUCAGAUUGGGUUUUGCUGUGCCUACUUCGUUUUUGUCUCGCAGAACUUGCAUGAUGAAAUAAAAUAUUUCUUCUUCGAUAUCGAGCUUAUCUGGGUGCUGAUACUUAUGCUCGUUCCAAUGAUCUUAUUGAAUUGGAUAAAAUCACUUAAGUAUAUGAUGCCGAUUUCCCUUCUGGCAUCCAUCCUGACAACUUCAGGUCUGGGCAUCAUUUUCUACUACGUGCUGCAAGAUUUGCCCAACACAAAUACAGUUCCCAAGGUUGCGUCUUGGGGUCAGUUACCUCUAUAUUUUGGCACUGCUGUUUAUGCCUUUGAAGGCAUCGGUGUUAUCUUGCCUUUAGAGAAUAGUAUGAAGAGUCCAGAACAUAUGAGAGGUUACGUUGGUAUUCUCAACACUGGAAUGGUAAUUGUGACCUGCCUCUACACAGCAGUUGGAUUCUUCGGCUACCUCAAAUAUGGUGAUGCGGCGACUCGAGGCUCUAUUACCUUCUACAUGGGUGCUGAACUAUUUGCUUCUCACGUUGUGAGAUUAACCAUGGCUCUGGCAAUUUUCCUCUCGUACUGUCUUCAGUUUUAUGUUCCUGCAAAUAUCAUUUGGCCUCAAUUAGUGUCAAGGUUUGCAUUCCUCCAACCAGAAGAACGCCAGUAUUUUGGAGAGUACAUUUUCCGUACUUUGCUGGUUCUCUUUACAUUUUUGUUGGCUGUAAUCAUUCCCGAUCUAAGCGCAGUUAUUUCCUUGGUCGGUGCUGUGAGUAGUUCUACGCUAGCCCUUAUUUUUCCACCACUAUUAGAGAUGGUAACAUUUUACGAGAAAGACUUCAGCUACCGGACGCUCAUCAAGGAUCUGUUAAUAAUGCUUUUUGGCAUAUGUGGAUUCCUUGUAGGGUCUUACACUUCCAUAUUGAACAUUCUCAAUCCCCCGGAAAACCCUCUUUAGAAAGGGGACCCAAAGCGAUGAUAUUUUCAAGUCUAGUCAUUUUUUUUCAAACUCUUUUUAAUGUUCACCAUCAUUGGUUAAGAAGCUCAGCACAAAAGUAGCGACCUAGGAAAAGGUGGCAGAAAAAAGUGAAGAUAUUUAGUGUUUUUUUUUAAAGGGAGAGUUUGGUCACUUGCCAAAGAUUUAUUGUAGGAUAUUCUAGCAUUAACUCCUAAGUCAUCUUAUUGACAAGGAAGGAAAGGCAAUCUCAAGUUCUGUUCAUUUUCCAUAGUGUAAAUAAUUCGAACCUUCUCAGAGGGCCUAUAGUUUCUCUCAUGAAAAUAUUUUCAGCGCAAAAUUUCUCUCCAUUGCUGGAUGGCUUACCUUUUCACAUCAUCUUAUUGAGAAUGACAGAAACAAGCAGUUGUAAAAUCAUUGAUUGCCAGCUUUAAGUAAUCUUUUAAAUCAAGCAUCUUGAAGCCCCUAUGACCUAUGAAGUUUCUAUUUUCAUGAGUUGUUAAAUCAAAUCAGUAUUAGCUGCUAUGGGUUUCUGUAUGCUCUACAUCAUCCAGAGCAAUAGUGAAAACUGCCCCAGAUAAUAUAUCAAUAUUAAAACCAGGAAAACUUGCAAGCUUGUGUUGUAUUGCUGUGCCAAGUGAAAACGCUGUGUGAGCCUUCAGACGUUGCCAACUUUUCUUUGACAAAUCAAGUAUUUAAGUGGAAUCUGUAAACAUAUUCCCCCUAAUUUUUUAGAGAAUUUGGUCUGUACUUCGAGCUAGUGUCUGAAAAUGUCAAGGAAAAAUAUUCAUAACUUUCCUCAAAAAUAAAUAUUUUAUCGCUAGAAACGUUGCAACAUUCCAAUGCUCAUACUGUGUUUUUCUUUAGCAUGACAGUGUAGUUAAGAGUUGCAGUUUUCUUAUGACGGUUUUCCUUUUCAAAACACAUUCUUGAAUAAUUUAUGCAAAAUUUCUGAGGAAUAUUCCAAGUAUUUUUCAAGGAUAUUUUCAGCAAACUUCAUGAAUAAUUUCAUACUUCAUAUUCUCUUGACAAAAUAAUAUGUAUGUGAAAAUUUUGGAACGGCAAUGGAGUGCAGUGUACACGUUUUUCUUGUUUCACCAUUGCUAUGCCCUCUCUACAUUGUGACAUCAUAGUGUUAUAACUGGAACUUGGUGUUUCCUCUCCUUCUUUUAAUAUUGCCAACACUCUGAACCCUCCUUGAAUCGCUUUUAAGUUUUCCAAACAGGAAUAAUGAACCACUCAUUGCUGGUAUUUUCUGUUACUAUUUUCUAUUCCUUCAAUUAUGUUACUCAAAACUCUAAAAUUGUUAUUUUUAUAAUCAGUGUAUUGUGGAAACUUGGGAAGUUAAUCUAUUGUGAAAAAUGCAGUACAUAUAGUUAAUCAAAAACCCUAAUUGUAGAAAUUCGAUAAUUUUAGAGGGAAAAUCUUUCUUGCAGUCACUCUUCCUCCUCUUGUCAUGAAUGCAUGAAAUUAGAUUCAAGAAAAUAUUCGUCAGGAGUAAGACUGCAGGCUACAUUGUUUCAGUGAAAAUUAUUGAGGUAAAUCUACGCAUUAUUUUGAAAAUUUUUAAAAUCGUUUCAUCCGUUGACAGGUUUUGAUUUCUACUUGGAAUUCUCAAAGAGAAUUGGACUCACAAAAUGCAUCCAUUCCAAGAGUAUGCCAACAAAUGGGGUCAAAAUAUUCAGAAAUGUAGGGAUAGUAUUGAAACGGGAAGACGUUUGACUGGGCUGAUAUAAGGUGCGCUGGGCAAGCCUCACCUCAGAGGGUCAGUCGGGGCUGACUACUGACAAUAUCUCAACUGAUUACAACUCGAUCAGUUUCAUUUUACUUGUUUCAAAACAAAAAAGGUUUGAACCGAACAAGGUUUGAAUUACAAUAUUAUUACAAUUUAAUCAGUAUAAUUUUCGACCCAAUUACCAUUAUUAUUACAAGGUCGGGCUGCUGUGCUUUGACACAAGAGGCAAUACAAAAUAUACAAUACAAUACAAAAAAUUUCGGUAAAGGCACUCAUCUCUUAAGUUUCUUAUGACUUUACAUUUACUUUAGAAUUACUUUAGACAGAGUAUGGCCUACUACUCUAGACAGAGUAUGGCCAUUCGUAUCUUUUUACUACAGGAAAACUGUUCCGCUUUUUGAUUGGUCAACGAGUUUUUAGGCUUCAUGAUGCUCUUAGGGCCGUAAAUAAACAAACAAGAUGGCGGCUCACCGUAACAUCGAUGAUAAGCUAAAUUUGACAAAAAUUUCAAUUAUGCGGCAGUAACAAUUUAAACGAGCAUAUCUACGAAUAGCACACGAAAAACACAUGAAACAAAAAGAGACGAAACGAGCGAGUACGGGAUAGAAACAACGAUUUAUUGAUCAACACAACAGUGAAAAGGCACAGUCCGAAAUACACGAAAAUAAAGAAAACUCGACAUGAGGCAAAAGACUAGCGAGAAGUAAGAGAACCGAAGGGAAACGGAGGGAACCUUGAUCGACGGCCAGUGACGCGGGGAGACAAGCGAAGACUGAAGCUAGGGAUGUCGAUACUUAUC